AUGGCGGAGGAGCCAGCAGAAAUGGAGAUGUCGCAGGAACUUUCUGCACCCUAUUUGAACAGCAGCCUCCAGAAUGAUUACGCAAACAACAGUAAUGUCACCAACCACACCAGUAUCACCUACUACCCUUACUACCAGCACUCUCUACCUGUGGCUGCCGCCCUGACUAUAGCCUACCUCUUCAUCUUCCUGCUGUGCAUGGUGGGAAAUGGCUUGGUGUGUCUGAUUGUGCUGGAGAACCGGCGGAUGAGAACAGUCACGAACCUCUUCAUCCUCAACCUGGCUGUGAGCGACCUUCUGGUGGGGGUUUUCUGUAUCCCGACAACCCUGGUGGACAACCUCAUUACAGGUUGGCCGUUCACAAACACAGUCUGUAAGAUGAGUGGUCUGGUGCAGGGCAUGUCCGUGUCUGCUUCUGUGUUCACGCUGGUGGCCAUCGCAGUGGACAGGUUCCGUUGCAUUGUGUACCCAUUCCAACCCAAACUCAGCCUGCUGGUUGCCAAGGUGACCAUAGUGAUGAUCUGGGUGCUAGCAGUGGUCAUUAUGUGUCCAUCAGCUGUGACGUUAACUGUGGAGAGAGUGGAGCAUCAUUACAUGGUCCACAAUGAAGACUACAACCACACAUACCCACUUUUCUCAUGCUUUGAGAACUGGGCCAACCCACAGAUGAGAAAAGUCUACACCACCAUCCUGUUCGCACACAUUUACCUCAUUCCCCUCACCCUGAUAACUCUUAUGUACGGACGAAUUGGGAUCAAACUCUACACCACCUCUGUGAUCUCUGGGAACGAUCAGCAUGAAAGCGGACAGCCUCACGCCUCACCUCCGGCCCCUGGAGCCCAGCAGGAAGGCCGGCCUCUCAUUUCCCAAAAGAAGAUCAAAGUGAUUAAGAUGUUGAGUAUCGUGGCCUUGUUAUUCACACUCUCCUGGCUGCCUCUGUGGACUUUGAUGCUCCUCACGGACUACGGAGGUCUAAAUGAAGACGAGUUGGAACUCCUGAGUGGCUACGUGUUCCCGUUUGCUCACUGGUUGGCAUUCUCGAACUCGAGCGUCAACCCCAUUAUCUACGGGUAUUACAAUGAGAACUUCAAGAGGGGCUUUCAGGCGGUGUGCAGGAUGCAUUCGUGCUGCUGUGACGGAAUGAAGGUGAGGAGUGGAAUGCGACGGAAAGCUAGAGGAGACGUGAGGGAUCCAGUGGUCAACUCCAAUCCCUUGAAUUUUGGAGCAAGGAACCGGGUGUACACCGACGGUGUUAUGAAGAACUCCAAGACGUGUCUGGAGUUGGAGAACAUGAGAACUGGCCGGCUUUGUAAUAACUCGGUCUGCUCGAAUGACACAGGAUCCAGUGCGGGAUCUGGAAUAAAAGGGGUCACAAACCAAAAAGUGUUUCAGAUGGAGGAACUGGAGAACAUAUCAUCAAAUCCUGUGUGA